CUGCGCAGCGCAAAGCGAGGCACGCCCGCCUGGCCGGGGGCUGCCGACAGCGGGGCACGGCCGCCCGGCGGAGCCGCGCUCGCCGCCCCCAGCGCCGGGGUUGAACCGCGCAGGCGGCACCGCUGAUCCGGCGAGAGGGCGAGCGCAGCCAGGCGGGUGUUGCUGCCGCCUCGCCGCGCCGCGGAGCCGCCCUCACGCCGCCGCACCACCAUUGCCCGCCGGCGCGGCGCAGCUCGGCUCUCGGGGCGGGCAGGCGGCGCUCGGACGAGGCGUCAGGGGACGGAUCGGUAGUCGAGGGCAGAUAGUGAAGGGGGAGAGAGAGGGUGGGAAAGCGGCGCGGGAGGCUGCAAGCAGCGGCCUUCUUGAGUCUGGAGAGGUGGGGGGCCGCUUCCUUCACCGCCCCGGUCUGUUAGAGGUUGCUCCGGGUGUGUGUGUUUGGGGGUGGGGGUGGGGGCAGUGAGGGUGUCAGGAAGGGCUUGUCGGUGGCCGUGGUUUUUGUCUGGGCCGCCUGGGCUUCCUUUCUGUCGAUCUGGGCUCCCCCGACUGUCCCCGGAGGCGGCAGCCGUGGGAGGUUGUCUCCCUCUCCCAGGUCGGGCCUGCACCCAUCGUGGGUGCCGGGCUGGAGAAAGGUGCGCUGGUGAGUGGGGUUUGUGGGUUCUGCUGCUGUCUCUGCGCCGCCGAGAUGCCGCAGCUGAGGUCAGGCAGAGUGGUGAGGGGCAGCGAGGUAAAGCCAUUUGACCCGGAGGUCAGCAGCCCCGGCUUUUCCCGGGCAGGGUGUGAGUUAGAGGGGAAACUGGUAGGCGAGCAGAGUCGUCACCGGGCACCAAAGAGAAAGCCUGAGCAGCCCUUACCUUCCUUUGCACAAUCUGCCAGGGUUUCUCAGGCUUUUUUUGCUCUUCCUGUGCCCAUUCAGAAGGAGCAAGGUGACAAAAGACAGAAAUUCCCAGGUAAAAAAACCAAGGGAAUCCAGCACAGGAAGUUUCCCAGAAGAAGCAAGGCUGUACCUUCACUAGUUUCAGAGACAGCUGAGUGUGAAGAUUGGCAAGCAGCAGCCACGGCUGCACCAGUGUGCUGGGAAGAGACUCUGAGAGGGACAGGUCAAAGUCAACAGCUGUUUUUCUCAGGAGCUCCUUUGCAGAAAAAAUUCUCAGCAGAGAUUGAAAGGAAUGAACAUUGCUCAGAAGACCUGAACUUUUCUGGCUUCCACAAGGGUACAGGGAGCUCAGAAACAGAAGGCAAACAUUCCUGUAUAAAAAUAAAAUUAAAAGUCCCAUCCUUGAAGAGGGAAAUUGAGAGCACAGAGAGACAUGGAAUAUCCUGUUUUCCAGAACCGGAAGUUCUUCAACCCAAAAAGAUCACAUGGAGUAAUGAAAUGCAAUGUACUGACUGCACAAUGACACAGAAUAUGCAAAUUCCAGAUUUUAGGAAGAAUUUGAGUGCUCAGGAAGCUGUGCCUGAACCAAAACCACAGGAAGAGGCUGAUACACUAGAGAAGUUGAAUGCGUAUCCGUUAGUUGGAUCAAGAACACUAGGGACACAGGAAGAAGAAAAUAAAUGCUUGGGCAAGAAAGAUAGGAGAUCAGUGGGGAAACCAAAAGUACAUGAUCCCAUGCAGAGUUCUGCCUUGCUAAAACAGCAUACACAGUGUCCAGAGUCCAGGAAAGGAGCGCUGAAUAUGAGGAACAGAAAUGCCUUGCUGCCACAGCAGCUGCAGGAUCUGAGCGGACAAAAAAAAACAACAACCAGAAGAAAGACUCGGAAGCGUUGCAUGAAAGAAGAGCAGCAGAGCUCAAGCCCUCAGAAACGGCCAGACAGCCCAGGGGAAAGUGCAGAGGAACCGCUGAAAGCAACUGAGCAAGACUCUGGUACUUCACAGGCUGUAAAGAAGGUUAAGACAAAGCAAAACAGCGUAGAAGAUUCUAAGGAAAAGGAAUCUCACUAUUCUAGAUCUUCUACAGUUUCUACUUCAGGUGACACUGAAAGCAAGAGCUUUUUGUGCCAUGCUGUAACAAAAGAGCCAGGUGUGCAGUGUAGAAAAAGGCAACACAGAUCUGGUCAAAUCAAGCACUUGCGAAGUUUAAGUGUGACUGCAGCUGAAGAAGUGAUGAAUACAUCUGCAAAAUGUGAUGCUAAACAUGUCCUACACCAUUGUAGUGGCUUGCUCUGUGCAACUGAAAAAAAUCCAGUUGUGGUAUUAGAGCACUGUAGUUACAUCAAUACAUUAGUGAAGCCUUCAGCUAGUGGAACUACCAACACUUAUAAGUUAAAUGGAUUGUUCUGUGUAGCCCAUGGUACUGGAGACCUGAAUGAUAGAAUUUGCAUCACUAAUAGAAAGCAAAAUAAGAGAUCACUCAUAAAAGAUGGUUUAUCACCUAAUAAAGAAAAGAAUGAAAAUGAAGAAGACUGUGUUUCAUGCUGCCUGAGUGAAAACAGUAAGUGUUUAAGGGGAAAAAAGUGGAAUAUUGGUAGAAAGCCUAGAAAAAAGAUGAAAAUCACAAAGAAAUCUGCAGACAUGGCUAGUAAAUGCAAGUGUGAGUUACAAACAGAAGCAGUAGUUGCCAUGUCAAGCUCAUGUUCAGUUUCAGGACUAAAUCAUACAAAUACAGAAAAAAAUACUCAGGAGGUACAAACUGUAUCAGCUUGGAGAAAGAACAGUACCCCAUUACUUGCAUUUGAAACGGGCUUUAAGAAGACAUCUGAGCUCUCUGCAGUAGUAAAAGUAGAAAAUUCAAGCAGUGUGGCACAUUAUGCCUCAGAUAGCCUUCGAGUGUUAGCUCAGAUCCAUGAUGUUCCUGAUCAUCACAAAAGCAAGACAGGAAGAAAUUUGAACAAAGUUACUAAGAAAUUGCAGCAGUUUACCUGUCAAAGAACAAUACCCAUGACUGGUAAAAAAGUUUGGCCUGUUGAAUCUUGUGCCAGGACUUCUGAAUGGUUUCUUAAAAAACAUAGGUCAAUCUCAGAAGGAAAAAGACUUUUAAAGGCUGCUUUUGAGGAUUCCUCUGGUAAAAUCAGUGUUAAAGCUGUGGAACAUAGUGCAGUGACUGGGAAUGUGAGACAGCUGGAUUUCCAUACAUCGUUGGCAGAAAUUACAAAAGAAAUUACACAUAAAAAGAUUGAUCUAAAUAUUGACUGUCAGGCUUCACUUGAAACAAUGGAAUCCUCUUCUGCAGAUAUUUAUGAGACUUUGACAGUGAACAAUGAAAAUGGGGAAUCACCAGUUAAUACAGAUAAAAAUGCCAUGGUUUUAAACCAUGAUGAUGUGCAAGAAGUUAAAGCAACCUUGACUUUUACAGCAAAACCAGAAGAUGAAGGAGAUGUAACAGAAAGAAACCUGUCUGUGACAGUCCAGAAAGACACAAUGAAACUAAAGGAUAAAAAUGAAGGAGAUGUGACAGACAGAAACCUGCCUGCAACAGUCCAGAAUGGUACAAUAAAACAAGAAGAUAAAGAUGAAGGAGUUGUGACAAACAGAAACCUGUCUGUGACAGUCCAGAAAAACACAACGAAACAAAAGGAUAAAAAUGACGGAGAUGUGACAAACAGAAACCUGCCUGCAACAGUACAGAAUGGUAUAACAAAACAAAACGAUAAUGAUGAAGGAGAUGUGACAAAUAGAAACUUGUCUGUGACACUCCAGAGUGGUACUUCUUCAAGUAACUCAAACAGUAUAAACUUCAGCCCUAAGGUAUCAGUAGUGAACCAGAUAUUUUCUGAUUUAAACCUAAUUAAACCAUUAGCCUCUGGAAACCUGACAAAAUUCAAAAUUCCUUUAUGCAAAAACAAACCUAAAUCCAAGAAACGGGAAUCUGUCCAUUCAUUUGAAAGAAAAAUUUGUAGUCCAUUAGAGCUUCUUGAAAGCACUAGCCCAGGAAGGCAGAAGACAGGUGAAGAGACUUUCUUGGUAAAAUCUGAGCAGCGUCCUCUUUCUGUCAUGAGUGAUGCUACAUCUCCAGCUUCCAUACAGAAAAAAGCAGAUGAGAUUGAUAGUAAGGACUUCCAGCACAAUGGCUCUGUAAACCUCUCUGAUGAGAUGUCUGUGUUUCCUGAAAAUUUUUCUGCAUAUCCACAUCCUCCUCUUGAUGGACAGCCAGAGCCAUCUCUGCCUGAUUUCUAUGGUACUGAAUGUGUGCUGAAAUCUAGUUUUCCUGAUCAUUCUUGGAAUGCAGUCGACCACCUUACUGGAUUAGAAAUAAAUGGUGAUAGAAAAUCAAGAGGGGAUUUUUCGCAACACGAAAGUCAAAAUUUACCAGAUAUUCUUGAAGCUUACAAUCAAGAUGUUCUUGUCAUAGAUGUGAUUCAGGAUGACCCUGACCUUUUUGGAGCCAGUAAUCAAGAGGAGCUUGCACCUGCACGCUGUGAAAAUUGGGCAGUGAAAGCAUCCUCUGCAAACUGCAUUGAAGACACAGAGGCGUAUAGUAAGCCUGAGUCUCCCAUUACCUCAGAAAAGACAUAUUCAGUAGAGAGUAGUUUUAGAUGCAUGCAAGAAUCUGCAAAGUCAAGUGAUACUGAAAAUUCCUGUAAUUUAGUGUUAAAAGCUGAAGAUGUGAAGACCCACAACUCCUCCAGAAGAAGCAGUCCUUCAGGAGAUGUUAGUGAGGACUUUCUUAAAGACAGACAACAGAGCAAACUAGAUGAACUUUUGACUUUAAGUUUGGACGUGGAUGAAAAGUUCAAGCUUGCAGAUGGAGUGCCUGAUGUUGAAGAAGAAAAUAAGACUGAAGCUGGAAAAAGUGACUGUAAAUACAAAGUGAACUGUGAAUUGCUAUCAGGAUUGCCAUUGCCAUUAAAUGACCGAAAAGUAAAUCUCUUCAGUGGAACUACAGAGAUGAAAUCCUGGACAAAUGGUAACAAAUCUUCAAGAAGUACUUCACUGCCAUCAAAGAAUUGUGGAGAUUUUGAGCCAUGGAAGAUGGAGAAAAAUGCAAGUGCUUCUCAGUCAGUCCAGCAGAUCCUUGAUGCACUUAACUUGCCCCGUAAAUACUGCAGAUAUUACUUCAUGACUUCACGUGGGUGUGAAAGAGCAAAAUGUUGGUUCUGUCAUGUUCCAGGACAAGGGGAUGAAAAGAUUUGCAUGGCAAUUCUUAGGACAUACAUUAGUAUCAAAGAAUCAGGCCUCCUAAAACGUGCAGUCCAGAUAUUUGUGCAGUAUUACAAAGAAGUUACUCCUGGUGUGGAUUUUGCUUCUGAAGUGCUGAAUGAUCUUCUUGUUUCAUUGCUCAACAACUGCUUGUUGCCGGAAGUAUUUCAGAUAUUGAAUGUAAUUGUACAAAUCAAGACACUGCCAGCUGUAGAUGUUCUUCUGAAAGUUUUUGAGCAUAUGGCUUCUUUGAAUAUAAGAAAUGCUGUGCCUACAUUAAUCAGUAUCUUCUGUCAGCUCAUUGAUGCUGGUAUGUUCCUUGAGUUAGAACAUUUGGACUACAUUAUUAAGUUACUUCACCAAUUACAAGUUUCCAGUAGGGAAAUGAGUACUGUUUUGAACAUAAAAUCCAGAUUUAAGGAAAGAUAUUUUGAAAAGACAUGGAUUUUUGACUACAACUUAGCAGUGGCUGAAAUUCAGCAUUGCAAGGAAAAAAGGGAUUGGACCAAGCUGGGAGCUUUGUAUCUUAAUGCAAGAACUGGAUGUGAACAUUUUGAGGAUCUUCAGAAAUUGUUUAUAUCUAUUGCUGAAAUUCUAACCAACGAUUCUGAGACAGACCAACCAGGAGUCCCUUUUUGUGAUUUUGCUGAUACAGUAAUGAAGAAUUCACAGCAUAAUAAAGCAGACGGACUUUUCAUUGGAAGGACUGGGAUAAGCGUAAUGUAUUCGUAUCACAAAGUACUGCAGUGGAUAAAGGGAAGGAAAGUUUUGGAUAAACUGCAUGAGCUACAGAUACAUUUUACCGUCUUGAAAGGACUUGUAGGUGCAGGGAGGUCAGCAUCCAGAUGUCAGAUUGUUAAUAAAGCCGCAGAAAUCUUUCUUUUUUCUGGAAAUUUGGAUGGAGCAACAAGGGUAUUGAGAGAUUCAGAGUGGAUCACUGAUGCACCAUUGUGGCCCUGUGAUAAAAUGGACAUCAUCAAUCGACAUAAUCUAUUAUGUGCAAUAGUGCACAAAUACUUGAAGAAGAGUUUGUACAGGCAGGCAUUUGAAGUUCUGCAGAACUUACCAGGUUUGCAGAAACAUUCUGUUACUAUAGAUGCUUCUCAACACAGCUCCCUGUUUAACAAGCUGAUAAAUGCCUGUUUUGAGAACAAGAACCUUGGGGUCUCAUCUUCUGCAGUAGACUUCAUGCUUUCCAAAAAAAUUGCUAUUGAUUUUAUUUUACUUAGAGGAUUAAUCACAGCUUUGGGAAGAAGUUCUUUAUGGUCCAAAGCUAGGACCUAUUACAAAAAUGCUUUAUCACUGGGUUGCUACCCAGAGCUGCAGGGAAAUUUAUAUCAGAAAUUCCUGAAGAUUCCCUCUUACCUGUCUGAAGUUGAGAUGCUGUUGGCCAUUGAAAUAUUUCUUGUUUCAAAAGCCAGUGAUAUUCAAAGUUCAAGGACUACUAGUCAGACUCUUCAAAUAAUACUGAAAAGAUCUGAAGAUACAGUUCAGAAUACCAGUGCCUAUCACGAGGCAGUGGAGAGGCUGUUCCAGGCGGCUCAUUUAUCUGAUCCAAAGCUUUUUCUUAAGCGUUUAACAAUGAAUGUUAAUAUGGAAGAAGUUUACCUCCUGGAGCACUCAUCUGCUCUAAAAUGGCUUCAGGAGAAUAUGAAAUGGGCUGAGAAGGUCUGGCUGUUUCAGUAGUUACUAAAUAGUUUCUACUGUGUUUGGACUGUGCCUUACUGAUUUUUACAGCAAGGUUUCAAACUCAAGUUGUGGUUUUAAAUACUAUAUUGGAGAUAAUGCAGAUAGUAGCACAGAAAGAGCAAUUUUUUUCUCUAUCACAUUGACUUAUAUAGAUGUUUGCACUGGCAUCACCAGAUAAUGAGGAAGCUGCAGCCUCAGAACCUACAUUCUCCAUUCUUACAAAGAAUUAGCACUUAGCUUGUUUCUCCCAGCAGGUAAUCAUAUAAGUGUAGUAUAAGCAUAGAUAAAAGUGUAGGUAAGUGCAUUGGUUGAGUGCAUCUACUGUUCUUGAGUGAGACAUUUUCCACAUUCAUUCAUAGUCUGUAGAAGUAAUAGCUAUUUCCUUUUGUCUGCCUCACAGUAACUUGUGAGGUCACUGUCCCAACUAUUUGCAGCUUAGAUCUUCAUUUCUUUGCUCCAAAAGCCCCAUAAAAAGCACUGAGAAUAACUUCAAAAUCACCUGAGACAUACCUGAUUUAGGAUACCUUUCUUCACAGAACUGAGAGCCUACACAUUGCUCAAACUGAAGGUUUAGUUGAUAAUUUAAUUAGAUAUUUAUUUGAUGUAGAUAAUAGCAUAUGUAUCGUUUCACAUUUGUAUAUAUGGAUACUUCCACUGAAAAGGAAAACUUGCAUUCUCCCUUGAUUGUGCGCUUAGAAAGAGGUGGGUUUGCCCAUCUUUUAGGUUCUGCCAGCUGCAUGAUGAGAUGGGUACUUCUAGCAAGCUUGUUUCACCAUUCCUGGUCCUUCAGGAUUUCUGCUUUUUUUUCCACCUGAAAAUCCUGAAUCACAUUCAAAGCAUGAGUUGCAUAAGUCACAUUCUACAGUCUGAGUAAGAAGAACCAAACAUUUAAUACCAGAAGACUCUCUCAUGGCAAAGCAAUACAGCCUCUGUCAAAGUUGAUACUUAGUGAGCUCACCAGUUUUGUUUAAUGUCAAACAGAAGUUCUUUCAGCUUAACUCAGUUUUGCAGAGCCAGCCACUCAGUAGACAAUAUCCAUAUUUUUGCUUUCUCCCAGUGUAAGUUAAGCUGAAAGAACUUAUAUUUGACAUUCAACAACGUAUUUGGUAUCAUUUUUCAUAUAGGGAGUGAAAUUUAUGUCUACCUGUGUACAGAGAGAGAUGGAAAAAUGUGCAAAUGAAAACUUCCCUGUGCUGUGCUCAGUAGCUUGGAGUAGACAACACUGUGCUACUUCAAUAUGUUGCUAUAUAUAUGAGAAAUUCCCUCUGUAAAAAUCUUUUCACUGAUUACACACUAUGCUCUUGGAAAGAUUAUUUUUGUUGGGUGUGGACAGUUUCUUGUAACUAAAACAGAAUAAUGUGGUUUGAAAGACUUAACACGAUUUUAUUUCAAAAUAUUGAUAAUUUUGUGAGUUUCAAAAUGCGGGACAGAGGUGGGAAGCUGGAAGUAGGAUCUUGAUAGUUUUAUGGUGUUUUAUAAAGAGCAAUGGGGGAGGAAGGGGAGCAUUUUGGAGGAGUUGUUAGGUUGUUAAUAAAUGUUUUUUAGUAUUUCUAUAAAGCAUUCAAAA